AUGUCUAACUCAAGCUCAAACCCCCAGCCGCUCGGUGUUUUCUUCGUCCGAUCACCAUCGGGCGGCUUAUCUGACUCCAACAUCAAUCCCAACGUUAGGUUACUCCGCUUCUGGGUGCCCGGCCGCACUCACAACCGCUGGGAAAAAUUCACGAUAGGUACCGCACUGAUAGACGGCGCAUGGGGAAUAGUAGUAACCUUCAAUGAGUUGAAUGUAAGAAUGAAAAUCUGGGAAGAGAACGACUUCCGCGCUGACGCCUGCCCACCGCGCACAACUAGGGUGCAAACGGGCAUACCCUGGACCACCGGCAACGAGGGUCCUGGCAUAGUUUUCGAGGAGCAAAUUCCAGGCAUAAACCCCCGCGAUAAUUGGAUAGAUCCAGCCGCGACUGCGAACAUUCAACAGGCUCGAAACCUGGUGCGAAGGCCCGGAGCUGAUGCAGUUAUUACGACGCUGUAUCAGCUGAGCAGCGGCUAUGUGAUCGCCCUUGUCGCGGGCGUGGAUGUGAUUACUUUCCCUGUAGACGACAUUGACAACGACCACGACAGCGACGAUGACAGCGAUGGCGAUGUUCCAAUCACUUACGUUGGCCCCGAGAUUAGCGUUGACGCUGUUGCGACUCCAGUUCCCGCGGGCGAAGUUGAUCUAGACGUCUGCGGCAUUUGCCGGGAAGAGUAUGGUGCUGGCCACAUCGCGAUGCGUCUGUGGAUGUGCCAGCACGUUUUUGGGAGACAUUGUUUGCACGCAUUGCUCAACCACAGAACAGCCCCGACUUUUACAUGUCCAACUUGUCGUGCGCCUAUCUGCGAUGACCGUGAUAGAAGAGGAAACCCUCGAUGAUGACAAGCGGGGCCGCUGGCGUGAGUAAACAUGCCAUAGGAUCCCACGGGAUUCUAUGGCUGCACAAUGGGACGACCCCAUGAACCGACGAUGAAGCG